AUGACAUCAGUACUCAGGGGGUUGCGAUUGGGUCGAGAGGAGCCAUCGACACAUCAGCACUCAUGGAAGAUAAGCCCAACCAGUUUGGCUCCCGCAAGUUCUAGGGAAGAGGAAGUACAGAUUCCGGACCCAGCGAUAUUCAGAGGAAUUUCUAUCCCUCCUAGUCACACACCCAGUGCUCUCGAUGCCUCAGACAUAGACAAAUUCGACUUUCUAUACCCAUCAACGAAUCACCUUGCAAUGCAUUUAUGCCUCAUUGAAUGCUUCUAUAAGCUGAGGAACUACGUCAUGAAUUCUAGGGAACUGGACACUGUCAUUGGACCAUUGGUCUCAGCAGAAAAUACUCAAAGCUCCAAGACACGCCUUACGGCUGCAGAUGCGGAUAUGGUCCGUACAAGCCAGAUAAGGAAAUGGGAACUAUUUGUAAAAGCAGCCGUUGGCCGUUUUGACAUCUGGUGGCAGAAUGUCGACAAGGCAAUACGACAUGCAAAAGCAUACACUACCCCUGCCGUAGCGCAGCUGGAGACUAGUACUCUCUCCAAAGACUAUCUUCCUCCACUAGAUGUGCUUCUAGUGUGGUACAGCUAUAUUCUCCAUCCCUCCUACUCGUCUGACUGUGAAAGAUUUGGUAAACAAAGUGCAUUUAUGCUUUGUUUUCCGUGGCACGCCCUCUACGAAGUCAUUGAUCGGAAAACACUUGUCUACAACUUGCCGACGGCGGCAGCGAAUAUGUUCAAAACCAUGUCGUCACAGUCUGAAGACCUUAUUACUUGUCUUGCGUCUCCACCUCCGUAUACCGCGUCGAUGGGCGCCCAGUACUCAGUUGACCUUGAGCACGCAGUCGCCAUGCAAGACAGCUUUGUUAAUGACACACAUGAGCUUCUCUGGCUCCGCUCACCAGCCUGCUCCGGAUCAUUAACCCGCUGCAUGGAGAGAUAUAAACGGUUUCAACUUCUUGUGCAUCUGUAUCCAGACAGACGUGCUAGUUUGAGACCAACAUGGGAUAUUGAACUCGCCUUGAGAACCCAUCAACUUUAUGCAGAUAAUUUUCACACGUUCGCUAGCCAGCUUGUUGGAGGACACUUGAAUUACGCAAAGGCUCCAAGGGCCUUGGAGACGGAAAAACCUAUGGCGAAUACUAUGACAGAUACCAACACUGCUGAGUUAUGGGAGAAGCAGUUUAGAGAGCCAUAUACCAGUUGUCCGUGUUGGGCUUGCGAGUGCAUCAAGGAUGCCAUUGGCGCAAGUGGAAUGGAGCUAUCUACGAAAUGCCUCUCCCCGAAGCAAAUAAAAGAAAUCCAGAAAGCGCUCCAAUUCUACGCUUCAGUUGAGAGCGCACGGGAGUCUGGACAGCGGCUCCCGGCUGCUCCUCGUCAAGACAAAAAGAAGGACGAAAAGUGGGAACUAGACUGGGGUCACGGUUGGCGAGAAGUGGCUGUCAAAGGCAAAUUUGAUGAACAUGGGAAUGUUGUUAAGAGGAUUGUGAGAGAGAAGCCGUACACUUCGCAGAUUAACUGGAUGCUGGGAGUAUAG